AUGCUGCUUCCUUCGUUUGCCCUUGUCGCGCUCCUCUUAGGGGCUGCGAGAGCAGAGACCCCAAAAGCUCAACUCUGCCUUGCCGGUGCUGCGGCGUCGCUGGACUAUGUUCUGUUUUCAACGGACUCUGUUGAUAUGCUCACGAACCAGUGCUCAAGCAAGUUGAAGAUUACAUCGCUCUAUGCCACCGCCCACAAGUACUGCACGGAAGACGAUAUAGCUGCAUACUAUGAAGCGAAGAAUGAGGAGUGUCGGCAGGUCUACGGCAUCUCCCUCAUGCCAUACUCCGAUGUUGCCAAAUCCUUUACAAAGGAAUACAUCCAGGGGUUGAAGGUUAUUCAUAACAUGGCAGAGGGGGCGGCGGGUCUAUUGGACAAGCCAGCACUGCUUUCUGAGGAAUUCUUCACCCAGGGCUACAAAACUCUUGAAAGCUGGGACAUCGCGACAGCAGCUCAUGACUUCCACUCGUUCAUGCCGUAUGUCUUUUGGGCGGCGAUUGUCUUCUUCGGCAUACUCCACCGCAUAUUCAACGCCUUGCUCCUGAGCCAGAAAUACGAAGUCGACCAAGACGUUGAAGGAGAGCAGAAAACCUCUCUCAGCCUUCCAGUUAGAAUCACCAGAGACGUCCAUCGAUGGAUCAACACCCACUUCGUGCUUCCAUCUGAAUUCGGCUCUGGCCGCCGCAGGCUUGGGUGGGUGUGGCAUCGCCAGAUCUCAACUCGGAUACAAACAAUUGUGGUGCUGCUUUACUGCAUACUGAUUAUUCUACUUUGCGCCACGGAGUAUUAUACAUACUACGAGAGUCUCUACUUCGACACAAAACCGCACCAGAUCCAGCGCCACGUCGCAGACAGAAUGGGAAUCAUGGCAAUUGGUAGUCUGCCUAUCCUGUGGGCUUUUUCUGGACGAAACAAUGUUAUCCUCUGGGCUACGGGAUGGAGGUUUGGAACGUUGAAUCUCUACCAUCGCACCAUUGCUCGCGUUACCAUGGUCCUGGCUAUUAUCCACGCUUCGGCGUAUACCAGGUAUUAUGUGGAGCUUCAAUUCUACAAGAUCACCCUUGUUGAAUACUGGUUCCGGUGCGGUAUCCUUGCCCUUACAACUAUAUCUGUCAUGGUCGGUCUGUCCUCCUCUAUAGUACGUCAGAAGAUCUACGACUUCUGGCUACUCUUGCACAUUCUACUCGCCGUCGUCGUAGUGGUAGCUCUCUACUACCACACCAGCAUCCUCGAAGGAAAAUACAACCCCUUCAUCUGGUCCAUAGUCGCCAUCUGGGGCUUCGAGCGAACCAUCCGCCUCCUCCGCCUCGCAUACUGCAACCUGCCCUUCACCCCCAACGCCGGGAAACGGCACUCAACCAAAUCUACGGCCGUAUACCUCAAGGACGCAAACGUCGUCAAGGUUGAUGUCUUCCCUGGCUCUGGCUCUCUCAAGCCUAAACCAGGACAGCACUACUACCUGUACGAACCGCUCCGGUGGAAGGGGUACGAGAACCACGCGUUUAGUCUGGCGAGCUGGUCCGAUGGCAACACAGUUACACCAGAUCUAGCCCAGUCACCACCAUCCGAAAAGACUCAAAUGGACACGAAUCUCUCAUCCAAUCUAUCCACCGACUCCCCUGCUGCCUUCCAGCCAAAGAACCAAGCCAUUGGUUACAACGGCAGCAAAUUCACCUUCUACAUCCGCCCCCUCUCCGGCUGGACACGCCGUCUAAAAUCCCAAUGCCUGAAAUCCGAUUCCUCAUCUCCAAUGGACCUAACCCUCCUGGUCGAAGGCCCCUAUGGCAGCCCGUCCCCUCUCUACAGAUUCGAACGUGUGCUGUUAAUCGCCGGGGGAUCUGGAAUCACCGCUGCGAUGCCGUAUAUCCGGGACCAUUUCGCCCGUGCUUCGAAGGGGGAUAAGGCUCUGCGAACGAGAUCUGUUGAUUUGAUUUGGACUGCGAAGGAGGAGGCGUUUAUAAAUCGGAUCUUUGCGUCGGAGCUUAAGGAUUUCAUUCAGGGCUCUGGGGGUUUCGCUGCUGAAUGUUUUGUGACAGCAGGUCUAGCACAAAACGGACCGGAAGGUUCGAGUUCGGGUUCUAGCUCAAACACCGAGAAUGAGGAUAGAUUGGUUAAGAUUAACACCGGCCGUCCCGAUAUCCCGGCUUUGAUCCGCCAGAAUAUCGAGAACACUGCCGCUGCGGAUCCCCGUCCUGGGCGCACAGCGGUGUUUGUUUCUGGACCGGCGGCGUUGGCGGAUUCGACUAGGGCUACUGUGCAUAAGAUUCUCAAGGAGACGAGCUAUGAUGUUGAGUACUUUGAGGAGGUUUUUGGGUGGUAA